AUUUGCAAUUUUAUGUUUUAAAUGUAAUCAAUUUAAUUAAAAGUGAAGAUUAAUAAAUUGUGAUAAAUCGGAGCUGGAAAAAAUGGCAAAUGAAUCGAUUGUAAUACCGAUUGAAGAUUUGGUGUGUUACGUUUGUGAUAAAGACAUAUUAGACGGAGACGAUUCCAUGCAAUGUGACAACUGUGAAAUAAGUUUCCAUAUUAAGUGCAACAACAUCACAAAAGCGGCAUACAACGCGCGUCGUGGUAACAAAUGUGUAUUGAUUUAUUGUCCAGAAUGCAUUAUAAAACGUGAGGAUGGAAUAGAUGAGAAAUUGAAAAUGGUUGUGCGUUUGUUAUACAAGUUGGAUGCAUUCAACCAACAGUGCAAACCUCAAAAUGAUAUCAACAGCGAAUCGAUCAAAGCCGUUAAAACAUCACUCGAUGCAUUGGAUAAAAAAAUCAUGGCACAAAAGCAAACACCCAAAGUUGUCAAGAAUGCGACCUCGCAACAUGCAUCAUGUUCGUUUGCCAAUGUUGUGAAGCGGAGCAAUGUGAAACCAGUUGUCGUGAUUAAGCCGAAAAAUAAGCAAGAAUGUGCAAAAACACUUGAAGCAAUCACAAGUAAUGUAAACACUGCUGCUGUUGAUGUGUGCAGUACGCGGAACGUCAGAGAAGGUGGCAUAGUUUUACAGUGUGCAAAUGCAACAGAGACAAUGAAAGUGAAAUCUUUGGUCAACGAAAAAUUAGGUGAUGAAUAUGAAAUUGUGUUGCCGAAAAUAAAAAAUCCCAGAUUACGUGUCACAAACAUACCGACAAAUAUUGCCAAAGAAGAUAUCAUUGAUGAAUUGAAAAAGAAUAAUGAAGAGCUAAUUGACUGUGACGUGUCGCUUAUCACAGUUCUCAAAAGAAAAGCAACAAGCAAACAACAAUCAUCGUGUGAUGUUAUUAUUGAGGUGAAUAGUGACACAUAUAAAAUGCUGAUGGAAAUGCAUACAUUGCGUUUGCCGUGGCGUGAAUGCAAUGUGUAUGAACACAUUUAUGUGAAACGCUGCUACAAAUGUCUUGGUUUUUCGCAUAUUGCCAAGGAUUGUAAGCAUGAUCAAAAAUGCAGCAAAUGUGGUGGGCCACAUAAAUACUCUGAAUGCAAAAGCCGUAACAUGUGUUGUGCAAACUGCCGUUCAGCCAAUGAAAAACUAAAGGUUAAAAUUGACACAAAACAUCAUGCAUGGAGUACCGAUUGUCCAGUCUACAAGCGACGCAUCGAAUCUUUAGUCAACAAAAUCGAAUACAAUACAACAGAAUAGCAAUUAUCUUCCACAAUUAAUAUUUUAUGCUCAAACAUUCAAGGCCUUCGAAAUAAUUUCAGCGAAUUAAAAUAUGUGAUAAAGAAAAAAAAUCCAUCGAUAAUUUUUCUUAAUGAAACUCAUAUAACCCACGACUGUGAUAUUGGUGAUAUACGACUUAAAGAUUAUAUAUUUGUGUAUUGUUUGUCACAUUCUAAACAUACAGGUGGCGUCGGUGCAUUUAUCCAUAAAUCAAUUAAAUAUGACAAUUUAGCUGUAAUAAGUGAACAUUUAGCAUGGUAUCUGUCCUUUGACAUAAUUGUAAAAA